ACGACGAAGAGAAGCAUUCAGCGGGUCAACAGAAACAAACCCAAAGAACAGGAUGUCUGUGGAAAGUGGGUUCCUCACAGACGAUGAGUUCCUCUGCCCCAUCUGUUUGGACCUGUUCACAAACCCCGCCUCCACGCCGUGCGGCCACAGCUUCUGCCUGUCCUGCAUCAGCACGUACUGGGAGGGAGACAAGUUUUGCCAGUGCCCUUUGUGCAAGAAGAUGUACUAUAAGAAACCAGAUCUGCAGAUAAACAGCACGUUAAGAGAGAUCACGGAGCACUUUAAAUCCAUGAAAGAAGAACAGAUCGACGGAGUGAAGCAGGCGACGCCAAAACGAGGCAAAUCUCACCAACAUCACAACAACCUGCUCAACCAGAUUCAGAAGAAGCUGUCCAAGUCCUUCCAACACCGCAAGCAGGAGAGACUGGCCAGUUCUCUACCGGAAACCAACAGCUUAAUGCCGACCCACCAUGAGUCCAGUGCCUCCGCUCCCCAUCGACGUGGCUCCACCCCUUCUGUGCAUGGCCCCUCCCCCCUGGGCUCCUCCCCCCUCGCCUGGUCCCCUCUGAGCGGCUCUCCUCCUGACCCUCCCUCCCGACGCCCCUCGAGGCAGAGGCGCUCCACCACGGGCGGAUCCGUAGAAGUCAAGAACCUGCCGCUCUGUCCCACGCACAACAGCGCCAUCAUGUUGUACUGUCAGACUGAUCAGAUGUGCAUUUGUCCCGAGUGUGAGGAGCAGGAGCAUCCGGACCACGACGUCAUCAGCAUCGAGACACAGUGGAAGGAGACCAAGGUGAACUUGAGUUUUUUGGAGAAAGAGGUUGAAGAUAUGAUCAAGGAGCGCGUCAUGAAACUGUCAGAGAUCAGAAAAUCUAUGUCCAAACUCGAGGUCUCCGUACAGGCGCAGACGGCCGGCAGCUUGACCCUGUUCUCCUCUCUGGUGGCAUCUGUGGAGCGUGCUCAGUCCGACCUUUUAGAGACUUUGGAAAUGAAGCGUCGCGCCGCAGAACUUCAGGCCGAAACGUCAACUCGGCAAAUCCAACUAGAACUGGAGCAACUCAGGACCAGACAGAGCCAAAUCCAGGACCUAAGCCGGACCCAGGACCACAUCGAAGGACUGAAGACGCUUCCCUCUCUGUCUACCCCUCUCCUGGUCUCUGAUUGGACCCGCCCCUGCGUGACCCUUGACCUGGGGACGGAGGCGGUGUACAGGUCCCUGUCGCUUCAGCUGCAGAAGUUUCAGGACGAGCUUCGGACCAUCGCAGAGAAAGGUUUUCCCGACACAGUCCUGGAGUCGAGUCUGGUCCAAACUCAGCCCAGAGACAGGGGGGUGCAGGAGUACGCAGUGGACAUCACUCUGAACGUGAACACGGCUCAUCCUCAUCUCAUUCUGUCUGGAGACUUGAAGAGCGUGAGAUUUUCAGAGCGUCCUCAGAUGUUGCCAGAUAAUCCCGAGCGAUUUGACCGAGUCGUGUGCGUCUUGGGGCGACAGGAAUUCUGCCGCGGACGACACUACUGGGAGGUGGAGGUUGGGAAUAAGACGGACUGGGACCUGGGCGUGGCCAGACGGAACAUAAACAGGAAGGGCAAACUGGAAGUGACGCCUGCAAAUGGAUACUGGUUCCUCAGUCUCCGCAACAGAAUGAGUUACGCCUUCAGAACCCAGCCCUCCACUAACGUAGACUUAGCGCUUCAUCCUCAGAAAAUCGGCAUCUUUGUGGACUGCGACAACGGACAGGUUUCUUUUUACAACGUCGAUGCCAAAAUCCACAUCUACACUUUUAACGACACGUUCAACGGCAGUAUCGUCCCGUUUUUUAGCCCCUGCACCAGUAAAAACGGUAAAAACGAAGCGCCGCUGACCAUCACCCCAGUAAACGCAUCAGAUUAUUAUUAAGUCUGGAUAACGCCCCGACAUCUACAACUUUUACUGUCAUUUUGUGCGUGUUUGUAUAUACGUUUUUAACUCAAAUGGGAAAAAAAUGUGUUGAAAAAGGUGCACUACGUAAAUUUUCUGUUCAUCUGCUCGUCUCCGUGGAGAUGUUAAGCGUGAUGUCACUUCCGGGUUGAUCCGGUGAACAUUUUUUAGCAACAGCACGUCUCACGUUAAAAAGAAAUUGCAGUCGUUUAACGCUAACGAGGUGAUAAACACGGAUCUGUGGUUAUAACUGUGGCAGAAAUUGUACGAGAGAAGAAGAAGAAGCUAGGUUAGGUUAAGCUAGCGUUAGCGGGGAGCGGCGGUUAGUGAGACGUACACACUGUUAAUCCUAUAUUAUGCUUGAUUAUUACUACAUUACUUACAUAUUUGAUACAACUUGUGGUUAAACGUACGCUUUGUCUCGUCUUGUUUGAUGAAAAACAAAGGCUGUGUCUGAAUGUCCCUCCCAGCCCUUGACCCCCACAGCCCUGCACUCUUUAGCAGACUCUAUAGAGACUCGUUCACACAGAUUCGGACACACAGCUCAGUACUUUUGGCUCACGUCUCGCUAGCGUCUGGGUGGAAAAAAGUCUAAAGGUUAAACUCUGAUAAAACUUGAUUUGUGUCAUAAAUAAUGAUCAGGUUGGACUGGCACACAAAUAUUUAUCGACUAAUAAUAAUCACACAGGUUUGGGUUAUUCUUUUUUUGUUUUUUUACCUGAGAUGUGGAAAUUAUCGCUCUUUUAACGGCUCGAAUUAACCUCCUAAGACCCAAAAUCUUGCAUGACUUAAUUAAUUUCUCUUUGUUAUUUAAGCUGAUUGGACCUGAUGAGAGUAAAAAAAAAUAUGAAAAAUGAUGUUCACAUAUGAAGACAAAUAAUUUUUGAUAAAACAUUUGAAUAAUAAUUAGCAAAAACUAUUUAUUAAGACCCUGAACACAGCAACAUUUUUCCUGAUGUAAAAACAAAAUGAGAAAUGACAAUUGUGCCUCUUGGAACAAUGUGGCUCAUGUGAAGAGCUGCAGACAGGAGCAGGAAGCCUUUACC